GCUAGUGCUCCUAAGAGAACCGGAGCCAUGACGCGCCGAGGCCUAGUCGCGGGGCCAGACUUUGACUGUUUUCAGCGUCGUUAUUUCACACCGGCGGAAGUGGCGGAACACAACCAGCCCGACGACCUUUGGGUAUCUUACCUGGGACAUGUGUACAAUCUGACUCCGCUUGCGCAGGAGUUCAAAGGGGACCUACUGCUGAAACCCAUCCUUGAGGUCGCUGGCCAGGACAUCAGUCACUGGUUUGAUCCACAGACCAGAGAUAUCCGCAAGCACAUAGACCCACUGACCGGCUGCUUGAGGUACCGCACCCCGCGGGGCCGCUUCGUGCACAUCCCGCCUCCUCUGCCCCGCUCAGACUGGGCCAAUGACUUCGGGAUGCCCUGGUGGAAGGGGACGCUUUAUAACGUGGGGCGGCUGUCCGCCAAGACCCGGAACAUCCGCAUUAUUAACACCCUCACGUCGCAGGAGCACACUCUGCAGGUGGGGGCUCUGGAGUCAAUGUGGGAAAUCCUGCACCGCUAUCUCCCCUAUAACGCACACGCUGCCAGCUACACGUGGAAAUACGAUGGUAAGAACCUGAACAUGGAUCGCAAUCUGGAAGAUAACGGGAUCCGGGAUGAAGAAGAGGAGUUUGACUAUCUCAAUAUGGAUGCCACACAUCACAUACCUGCGAUACUGCUCUACUUCAAUGAUGACCUCACGGAGCUAUAGGCAAGGAGAUGCACGUGUAGACUGAGACAUCUGAGUUUGCCUCUUUCUAUGCCCCGAGGAAACAGGUGUAGUCUGUGGGGCCUGGACCCACACCUCUGUUCCCCUCUGGGAACUGGCCUGUGGUUCUUGUGGCUUUCUGAAAUGGAAGGGCCUUACCCCUGGCUCCUUUAUGAUUUGCUCAAAGAAUAGUAGAGGGGUCCUGGAGAGAAUUAACCCCUGGAAAUGGCAGGAAGACACCUAGAGCCUUUCAGUUAAGAAUGUUAGCACGUAGAUUAGGCAGGGCUUGUUGACAGUGAAGGUCAUACAGACAUAGAGUGUAGAAGAACUUUUGGCAGAGAUGAGAGAUGAGAGGGAUGAUGGGACCUACAAAGACAGGAUCUGGAAAUUCCUAUCAGGAUCACAGCCGGUGGCUGGCUGCUCUACUUUCGGAAGGUGUUUAGAAGUUAGCUCUGGAGACAGUGACUGGUUCCCCGUGAGUUGAGGAUAGACAUCAUGCUGAGAGCUUCCUGCUCUUUACACAGCUGCCCUCUCAGGUGAAUGCCACUCAUGCCAUCUUACAGCCAAUUCCAAUGGGAAUUUGGAAGGGCGCGGUAGCACAAAAGCACAUCUGGUGGCUCCUUGGAGCCAUGAUGCAAACCCCAGCCUUCCCAACUUUGAAAGUCAGGCUCUUCUCUGUCUUCGCCUAAUGCUAGCAUUUCUGAUGGCUACUCUCAAAGCACGUAUUUGGAAUGUGAGCUUGUCCCAGGCUUGUUGCAUGAUGGGAAAUGGAAGCCUGUCAUGCAGUCAACAUGUGCUGUGUUUGAAAGGAGUUAUUUAGCUGAGAACUCUAGAGACAGGCAGGGAAGGCUGAAUUUCAGCCAAGCACUGGCUACUGAGGCUGCUUUCUUGUUGACAUCAUAGCAAGAUUCCUGACUGUUGGAGGCAACAAGAUAUUUACUGAAUCCAAGAAAAGCCAGAGUGGGGAAAGGACCUGUAGAUCAAGAAGUUGUAGGGAGGAACCCAAAUGGGGCACUUUCUUUCUUUCCAGCAGGCUAGGAAGACGGUUGCAUUUCUAAGAUGUUGCCUCUUAGUUGUUGGGGUCAGAGAGAGGGAGCGAAGAGAGGCAGACAACUCUCCUGGUGACUGGCUAGAUUCGGUUCCUUUCACCAUCCCUACUGAAGGGGAGGAGAAUUCAGAAGAACUGAUAAACUGAGCCAGGCAUGAUGGCUUUAAUCCCUGCACCUGGGAGGCAGAGGCAGGAGUUAGCCUUGAGUUUAAAGCUAACCUGGUCUACAAAGCAAGUUCCAGGACAGCCAGAGCGUUUACACAGAGAAAGUGACUGGCAAGCGUGGUUCUCUGCAGCUGCUAAAAUGAAUGAAGGCGAGUUCCCAGCCGCAGCCUCAGGCUCCUAGGGAGCAUGCUCUGCAGGAGACGCUGGGUGGCUGCACGGCUCUCUGAGAGGUGAAUGGGCAGUGUGGACAAGGUGGGUCCAAAGCAGUCGACUCGGCGGUCUGAGUCUAUGGAUGCUGAGGACGACCCAAGAAUGCCGGAGUUGCUUGGAUCAUUCCAUGUUCAGUCAGCUCUGCAUAACCUUACGUGUUUCCUUACUUGUUCUAAGCCCCAAACUCUUUGGGAGCCGUGUUGUUCCUCCCAUAGCUUCCUCAGCGCAUCACUGCUGGGAUGUGCUCAUCUGCCCGAGCUUGUCUUUCAGAGCAUCCCAAAUCGUCCUUGUUCCUCCAGGAGAGGGGCCUCACUGUGUAGCCCUGGCUGGCCAGGAACCCAAGAGAUCCACCUGCCCACUUCAGAGCUUCUUGUUAGGGAGACAUCCCUUUCCCUGCACGCCCAAGCACUCAGCAAUCCUGUCUCUAGAAAUCUUUUUUUAAAUCUUUUUUAAAUAUAUCUUUUGUUUUUUUUUUUGUUUUGUUUUUUUGUUUUAACAUUUAUUUUACAUGAGUGCUCUGUCUGCACGGACACCUCCAUGCCAGAAGAGGGCACCAGGUCCCAGUGUAGAUGGCUGUGAGCCACCAUAUGGCUGGCUGUCGGAAAUUGAACUCAGGACCUUUGGAAGAGCAGACAGUGCUCUUAACUGCUGAGCCAUCUCUCCAACCCUUUAAAAAUUCUUUUAAAAUCUGUUCUUUUGUUUAUAAAAAAUAGCAUCUUCCUUUGUCUCAAAUAGCUAGGAAACUUACAACUUCUGAUUUCUCCUUCUGCCUUCACGAACCUGAACAUCUUACUUUCUGCCUCAGAUCUUCAGAAGGUUUUUUAUGCUUUUGCAGUAAAGCCCUGAAUUUAAGAAGCAGAAAUCAGGCCUUGCAGCUGCCACCCUGCCAGUGCCUGUCCCUGUCCUGCACCUCAGUUAACACAGAACCUGUACGCACUGUCCUGCGAGUUCAUCGCCACUGUGCAGCUCUGUAGAGUGGAUGCAGGUGGCUGGCCACUAGAGUGUGAGCCCCUGAGGGCCGAGGUCUCGUUCACUGCUGAGCACAUAGCUGCUGCUCAAUAAAUGUGACUGACUGACUGAA